GCCAGCCAAACUUACCCACACGACCAACUAUUCCCCUUGCCACGCUGCAGCUUGCAGAAAUAGGCAAUUGAAGAUUACAAGCUUCCGUAGCGUUAUAAGCUUGCUGCCUCCGCUACCCGUAGCACAUUCCUCAGCAAACUCAUGGAAUCGUAACAUCGCACCAAGAUGGAAAAAUACAGCCAGUUCCGCGACAAAGGUACGGCGAUAGCGCCUUUCCUCCCUGUGCCUCCCCCGCCCGUCAGCAUCGUCUGGACGCCAAUAUACGCCUUUCUGUUCCUCUGCCGCAUACCGUUUGUAGUUGGGCUCUCGAUUCUCCACUUUGGCAUCGUUGAGUGGCUGCCUCUCGGCGGGAGAGUAAAGUAUGCGGUGCUCUGGGCGCUGCUGGGCGUGACUGGAGUGUGGUGGGUCGACUUCCAGGUCGACGGCGUGAAGCGUGGAAAGCUCUCCACGUCGAAAGAGCACCUCCCCCAGGCCGGCACAAUCAUCGCGUCCUCGUUCACCUCCCCGCUCGACCCCCUCUACCUCGCCGGCAUCUUCCAGCCCAUCUUCACCCGCUCAUACCCCAACACCCGCAAAGUCGAGCCCAUAACGCUCCUGCGCGCCAUCCUCCUCGCCUUCGCGCCCCCCGCCAUCCUCCCCGAAGACCCCACCAAGCUCGUCACCCUCGCCUCCCUCGUCGCCGCAAACCCCAAGAGCAUCAUCUGCGUCUUCCCCGAAUGCACCACCACCAACGGCCGCGGCAUCCUCCCGCUCAGCCCCAGCCUCCUGGGCGCCACCCCCGACACCAAAAUCUACCCCGUCAAUCUGCGCUACUCGCCCCAGGACGUCACCACCCCCGUCAGCGGCGCCGUCCUGCGCUGGCUCUACCGCCUCCUCUCCAAGCCCUCGCACCAGAUGCGCGUCCGCAUCGCCAUGCGCGUCUUCAACAGCGCCGCCAUCGACGCGCCCGGCCGCCCCGAGAGGGCCGUGGCCUCCGGCUACGACGCUAACAUUUUCGACACGCCGGCGCUGCGCAACGGGAACGCCAAUGGGAUCGCCGCGCUCGAGGCCGAGACGGGGAUGCACGUUGCGCCGGGCGCGGACGGCGAGGUCAGCGCAGCGGAGCAGCGGGUGCUGGACCGCGUGGCGGAGGACUUGGCGCGGCUGGGGCGCGUGAAGCGCGUUGGGCUGGAUGUCGGGGACAAGAUUGAGUUUCUGAAGGUGUGGUUGAAGCGCAGGCGGUAGGCGGGGGAUGAUGUGCAGUUUGAGUGUGCUGCUCGGUAGGAGGUUACCGUAGUCGUGUUGAAGCAGUGCUUUUCUCGCUGCUACAAAUACUAAAACUGAAAUCGAGACUGAAAUCGAGAUCGAGACCGAGCCUGAGACUGAGACUGCAACUGAUAUCCCACGCCCCGCUGUGUUCUUCACUCUUCACUCUGCAUCCACCCCCUUCUCUCUGCUCCACACGCCUCUAAUCCUAACCUCCCAUCU